AUGAGAUGCUUCUUGUUCCCUCCAGAUAUGAAGCACUGUAUGAAGUGUCUUGAACAUGAACAUCCCAAUAAGGAGAGAGAUCGCUGCCUCCUCAAAGCCAUCACCUUCCUGGAUAUCAAAGAACCUCUGGGAAUGGCUCUCACCUGUGUGGCUCUUUUCUUCUCUGUGCUGACAGCUCUGAUUCUCGGGGUGUUUGUGAAGUUCCGAGAUAUACACAUAGUGAAAGCCAAUAACAGGACCCUCAGCUACACCCUCCUCAUCUCCCUCACCUUCUGUUUUCUCUGCUCUUUGCUCUUUAUCGGCCGUCCCACUGCAGUCACCUGCCUCUUCCGACAAACGACAUUUGGCCUUGUCUUCACUGUGGCUGUUUCUUCCAUUUUAGCAAAAACCAUUCUGGUUGUUAUGGCCUUCAGGGUUACAAUACCAGGGAGUAGAGGAAAGAUCUGGCUACAACCUAGAGUAUCCAACUGUAUUGUAUUACUUUCCUCUGGAAUUCAGGCAACUCUCUGUGGCAUCUGGCUGGGAAUCUCUCCCCCCUUUCCUGACACAGACACAUAUUCCCAGCCUGAUCAGAUCAUCAUUGAAUGUAAUGAGGGCUCUGUCCUUGGUUUCUACUGUGUCUUGGGCUAUAUUGGCCUCUUAGCUCUGGGAAGCUUCAUAGUGGCUUUCCUGGCCAGGAGUCUGCCUGAUACCUUCAACGAAGCCAAGUUCAUCACCUUCAGCAUGCUGGUGUUCUGCAGUGUGUGGCUCUCCUUCUUGCCCACAUACCAGAGCACCAAGGGCAAAGCCAUGGUGGUGGUGGAGAUCUUCUCCAUCCUGGCAUCCAGUGCUGGCUUACUAAGCUCUAUCUUUAUUCCCAAGUGUUGGGUGAUCUUGCUGAGGCCAAAUGAGAACGCCCAGGAAUGCAUGAGAAAUAAGUCAGAGGGCAAGAGGGGGAAGUACUCAGUGUGUGACCUCGUGCUGGAGUGGGGGAUGAGCCCUAGGGCCGGCGCUGCCACAGCUCGAGAAGAUGAGGUGGCCAGGCCCCCCCACUGGCGCUGCUCUUCCCAGAUCCGCAUCGCAGCCUUGAAUGCCAGCUCCACUGUGGAGGAUGACCACGAGGGAACCUUCAAAAGCCACAAGUCACAGACCAAGGAGGCCCAGGAGGCGGAGGCUUUCUCCUUGUACCACAAAGCCCUGGACCUGCAGAAGCAUGACCGGUGUGAGGAGUCGGAGAGAGCCUACCAGGAGCUGCUGGACACCCGCCUGCUGCGGGAGGCCGUCCUGUCCGGCGACGAGCGGGAGGGCUUGAAGCACCCGGGGCUGAUGCUCAAGUACUCCACCUACAAGAACCUGGCCCAGCUGGCCGCCCAGCGCGACGACCUGGAGACCGCCAUGGAGUUCUACUUGGAGGCGGUGAUGCUGGACUCGACGGACGUGAACCUUUGGUACAAGAUUGGCCGCGUGGCCCUGAGGCUGGUGCGCAUCCCGCUGGCUCGCCACGCUUUCGAGGAGGGUCUGCGCUGCAAUCCGGACCACUGGCCCUGCCUGGACAACCUCAUCACUGUCCUGUACACGCUCAGCGACUACACCACCGGCCUGUACUUCAUCUGCAAAGCCCUGGAGAAGGACUGCCGGUACAGCAAGGGGCUCGUGCUGAAGGAGCGCAUCUUCCAGGAGCAGCCCUGCCUGCGCAAGGACUCCCUGCGCAUGUUCCUCAAAUGCGACAUGUCCAUCCACGACGUGACCGUGAGCGCCGCGGAGACGCAGGCCAUCCUGGACGAGGCGCUGGAGCUGCGCCGGAAGAGGCAGGCCCUGCUGGUGCGCGAGAAGGAGGCCGACCUCCGGCUCACCCAGCCCAUCCCCUUCUUCACAUGGAAGUGCCUCGGGGAGAGCUUGCUGGCCACCUACGCCCACUUCACGUCGUGCGACCCCCCCCAGCCGAGCUUGGGCCGGAGGAUCGAGCUCUCGGAGUACCGCGAUCCGGCCCCGCGCGCCCUUCCCGAGCCCCCCGCCGCCGUCAGCGUCCCCCUCCCCCCGCCCGCCGCGGCCUCGGCGCCGGAGCCGCCCUUCCCCUAUGCCAGCCUGGUGCCCAGCUUUUCUCUCCCGAACCAGAGCUUACUGGAGGCCGGAGCUCCUCUCGGGGACGCCUCCGGCGGGGACAAGUCCAAGAAGGGCGUCAAGAGGAAGAGGCCGGCGGUGGAGGAGAGCGGGGAGACGGCCAAGAGGCGCUCGGCGCGAGUCCGCAACACCAAGUGCAAGAAGGAGGAGAAGGUCGACUUCCAGGAGCUGCUGCUGAAAUUCCUGCCGCCAAGGUUAAGAAAGCUGGACCCCGAGGAGGAGGAGGACGACCCCUUCGGGAACUACGAAGUGCAGUCAGAAAUCAAGCAGGAGAACUUCCCCAGCGUGGGCGCCCCCAGGCUGUCCUUCGACUCCACCACGUUCAUGGAAUCGGAGCAACAGGACGUGCACGCCUUCCUUCUGGACAACAUGCACAACGGCGGCCUGCUGGAGCUCAUGAUGAGGUACCUGAAGGUGAUGAGCCUGCAGUUCCUGGUGAAGUGGCCCCCGGGCCUGGGCCAGGUGGUGCUCAGCAUCUACGGCAGCUGGAGGAGGCACAGCAGCGGCCUGCCCAACCCUCUGCUUCGGGACUGCAGCAACCAGCACAUCAAGGACAUGAUGCUCAUGGGUCUGUCGUGCAUGGAGCUCCAGCUGGACCAGUGGCUGCUGGCUAAAGGCAAAAGCUGUGCCGUGUCCCCUCGGCACUGCCCGGCGGGAGCGCUGAAUGGCCGCUUCGGACCCGACUUCCCGGGGACUCACUUCCUGGGGGACCUCCUGCAGCUGUCCUUCGCCUCGGCCCAGCGGGACCUUUUCGAGGAAGGCUGGCUGGAGUUCAUCGUGAGAGUGUACUGGCUGAAGGCCCGCUUUCUGGCCCUGCAGGGAGACAUGGAGCAGGCCCUGGAGAAUUAUGACAUCUGCACGGAGCUGCUCCAGGCCGGAGGCCGUCAUGACGCCAAGAGCCCGCUCAUCCGGCUCCCCAACCUUCACCUGGACUCGGUGGUCUCCCUGGAGGAGAUCGAGAAGAACUUGAAGUCCCUGGAACGGUGCCAGUCCUUGGAGGAGCUGCAGCGGCUCUACGAGGGGGGCGACUACCAGGCCGUGGCCCACCUGCUGCGGCCCACCCUGUGCCUGAGCGGGUACGACCGGGCGAAGCACCUGGAGUUUGUCACCUCCAUCCCUGAGCGUCCCGCCCAGCUACUCCUGCUACAGGAUUCCCUUCUCAAACUCAAGGAUUACAGCCGCUGCUUUGAGUGCUCUGAAGUCGCCCUCCACGAGGCCAUCCAGCAGAUGAUGAACCUGACGGAGACGGCCGCCAAGGAGGAGUGGGUGGCCACGGUCACUCAGCUCCUCCUGGGCAUCGAGCAGGCCCUGUCCGCAGACAGCAGCAUCCUGGAGGAGACCCUGAGGACCCCCAGCCUCAUCCGGCUCACCAGCAACCUCAUCCAGGUCAUCGACUCCAGCAUGUCGGUCCAGGAGGAGCCCAAAGAGCCGUACGUGGCGUCGGUGCUGCCCUGGGUCAUCCUGCACCGCAUCAUCCGGCACGAGGAGGGCGGCUUCCGCGCCCGCUGCCCCCCGCAGCCCCCGCGCAGCCCCGACGACGGCGAAGGGAGACCAGACACCCCCCUGCUCCCGUCUUCACUCAUGUUACUGAACACGGCCCACGAGUACUUGGGCAGGAGGUCCUGGUGCUGCAACUCCAACGGGGCCCUCCUGCGCUUCUACGUGCGAGUCCUGCAGAAGGAGCUGGCGGCGUCCGCGUCGGAGGACACGCACCCCUACAAGGAGGAGCUGGAGACGGCCCUGGAGCAGUGCUUCUACUGCCUGUACAGCUUCCCCAGCAAGAAGAGCAAAGCGCGCUACCUGGAGGAGCACUCCGUGCAGCAGGUGGAGCUGGUGUGGGAGGNGUGCGUGGCUGGGUUCGACUCCUGGGCCGGCAUGGCUCUGGCCCGGGCCAGCCGCAUCCAGGACAAGCUGAACUCCAACGAGCUCAAGAGCGACGGGCCGGUGUGGCGCCACUCGCUGCCGGUGCUCAACUGCUUCCGCCGCGCCCUGGAGAUCGACGCGUCCAACCUGUCGCUGUGGAUCGAGUACGGCACCAUGUCGUACGCGCUGCACUCCUUCGCCUCGCGCCAGCUCAAGCAGUGGAGGGCCGAGCUGCCUGCCGAGGUGGUGCAGCAGAUGGAGGAGCGCCGCGACAGCAUGCUGGAGACGGCCAAGCUGUGCUUCACGUCGGCGGCGCGCUGCGAGGGCGACGGCGACGAGGAGGAGUGGCUCCUGCACUACAUGCUGGGCAAGGUGGCCGAGAAGCAGAAGCAGCCCCCGGCCGUGUACCUGCAGCACUACCAGCGCGCCGCUCACUACCUGCACGAGGAGGCCGCCCGCUACCCCAAGAAGAUCCAUUACCACAACCCCCCCGAGCUGGCCAUGGAGGCGCUGGAGGUCUACUUCCGCCUGCACGCGUCCAUCCUGAAGCUCGUGGGCAAGGCGGGCAGCGGCAUCGACGCCGAGAGCCUGGUGGCCUUCAUGAGGGAGGCGGCCGAGGGGCCCUUCGCCAGGGGCGAGGAGAAGAGCACUCCCAAAGCUUCAGAGAAGGAGAAGAGCUGCGUGAUGGACGAGGAUUCGCACUCCUCCGCGGGCACGCUGCCCGGCCCAGGGCCCUCCCUCCCCGCCUCGUCCGGCCCCGGCCUGACCUCCCCGCCCUACACGGCCACCCCCAUCGACCACGACUACAUCAAGUGCAAGACGCCCCGGCAGCAGACCACGCCGGACGAGAGGAGCCAGGACAGCUCGGCGGUGGCUCUGUCCGACUCCAGCUCGACGCAGGACGUCUUCGGGGAGCCGAGCAGCUCGCAGGAGACCUCCCGGAGGCCGUCCCUGGACAGGCGGCCCUCGGGGUCCUGCGCCCCGGCCGUGGCGGCCCCCAAGGAGCUGCUCCCGGAGAGGGGUACGGGAUCCCCCAGGUUGGAGGCCCGGCGGGGAGAGGCUCCCAUGGGGGGAAGCCGCCGCCCAGCCGGGCACCAGGGCAGGAGCGGAGCUGACUGUCGCCGCCCUCUCCUAGGGAAGAGCGAGGAGUCUCCGGAGGCCGGAGAGUCUGUGCGGACGCCCGGGGACGGCCGGAGGAGGGCCGAGCCCCCGGGGGAGCGGGCAGAGCUGUGCCAGCGGCUUCCGGCGGACCCCGAAGGGCAGCGCAAGUUCCUGACGGAGCAGUGCGUGGCCUCCUUCCGCCUGUGCCUGAGCCGCUUCCCUCAGCACUACAAGAGCCUCUACCGCCUGGCCUUCCUCUACGCCCACAGCAAGACCCACAAGAACCUCCAGUGGGCCCGAGACGUGUUGCUAGGCAGCGGCAUCCCGUGGCAGCAGCUGCCGCACAUGCCCGCCCAGGGCCUCUUCUGCGAGCGCAACAAGACCAACUUCUUCAACGUGAGUAGUGCUGCACGGGUGGGGGCUGGGCCUCGGGCGGCCCCCGCAGCCCCCCUUCUCCCAGCAGGCCUCCCUUUUCUCACCCCUAAAGUCCCAGCCGGGGCUUCUGCAUCGGAACCUGGAGUCCGGGGCCGGCCGGGCCAUCCCGCCUGGAGCCCCCACCCUGCAGGGGAGCCCCUCCUGCGCCCCAGUAACGUGGCCACGGGGGCUCCUCCCAGGCAGGCCGCCACACGGGAGUCACUGCUCGCACCCAUCUCCCUCGGGGGCCCCCUUUGGGCUUCUCUCUUGGUCAUCACCCCUUCCAGGUCCGGAGGCAAACGGGGGCAGGGACUGUCUGAGGCUCCAUUUGGACCCGUGACGUCCACUCCAGGGUAG